AUGCCUAUGAAGUGCGAUUCAUCUUCGGCCAUCUACGCCGUGCUCGUGCUGGCCUCUAUACUCUCUAUAGUUCUCGGAGCGCUCGCCUGGGCACAAACAAGCGGCAUCUUCCUCCCCCUCCCCACCUGGAUCCCAGCACUCGCAACCCUCCUCCCAAUCCUCACACCCCUUGCCUUCGCAGGAACACGCCUUCUUUUCAACACAGCAUCUCAUAGACUCACCCACCCCAUCCAGAUCCUCAACCACAUACACACAAUUCUCCUAACCGCCAUAGCAACAAUCGCUCUCUCCUACAUCUUCCCAGGAAACAUUCUAUCGUGCCACCUCGAGCAGCAAUGGCAAGCAUAUUUCCAAAACAAGGACGCACAUGCAAUCCGCAUGAUCCAGGACCAGUUCCGGUGCUGCGGACUGCGCAGUAUCCAUGACCGUGCCUGGCCAUUCAAGGGUCAUGGUAAUGAGGACGACGCCUGUGAAUUGCAGUUUGGAUAUAGACAAAGUUGCUUCGUGCCGUGGAGGGGUGUGCAGGAGGGGACGUCGUGGAUGGUUUUUACUGCAGUGCUUGGGAUGUUUCUUGUUAAGAUCGGGUUUGCACAGCUUUCGAGCCGUCGGGCUAGCUGGAUGAGCUCCCAGUUCUUGGGGAGUGAGCGGGAUCGCCAGCGGAUUACUGGACCUGGGCUGGAGGAGGGGGAUGAUAAUACAGAGACCGAUGGGGAGGCGAGGAGGACUAUGUUACCGCAUUCUAGACCUGGUCAUGGAAAUGUGUGGGAUGGGGAUUGA